UUUUGCCGAUGCAUUUGUUAGAGUAACAAUAGAGAGAUCAACAAUUAUAUACUACAUAAGUGAAGUUGUUGGCUGGAUAUAUUUCUUGGCAUGGAGUAUCAGUUUCUACCCACAAAUUUACACGAAUUAUAAGCGAAAAAGCGUUGUAGGGUUGAAUUUUGACUUUUUGUCACUCAAUAUUGUGGGGUUCUUUUUAUACUCUCUAUUUAACUGUGGACUUUAUUGGAUACCAGAAAUCGAAUUAGAAUACAUUCGCCGAUAUCCUAAAGGAUUGAAUCCAGUUCAAAUAAAUGACAUUUUCUUUGCUAUUCACGCAUUUUUUGCAACUGCCUUUACAAUUGGACAAUGUUUCUUCUACGAGGUUGGUAGCCAAAAAGUAUCAGUCACCGCUAGAAUUAUUCAUGGAUUAUUCACAGCAACAAUAAUUAUUUUAAUUGUCUUAGGAGUUGUUGGAACAAUUAAAUGGUUGGAUUUUCUUUAUUCAUGCAGUUAUAUUAAAUUAAUUAUUACAUUAAUAAAAUACAUACCACAAGCAUUUUAUAACUUUAAAAGAAAAUCCACAGUUGGGUGGAGUAUUGGUAACAUAAUAUUAGAUUUCACGGGUGGAAUACUUUCUAUGCUUCAGAUGGUAUUAAAUGCCUACAACUACGAUGAUUGGAAGAGUAUUUUUGGUGACCCUACGAAAUUCGGUCUUGGUUUCUUUUCGGUUGCUUUUGAUGUACUUUUUCUCUUACAACAUUACGUAUUCUACAG